AUUUACUUUUUGUUUGCUAGGUAUUCGGUUCAGCUUCAGUUUUCAGAUUCCAAUUCAGUUCUCGAACGGACGUCGAGGCGGACAAAUGCGAACAGCACACGCGAUCUAAGCCAAGCCCCAAUACACAAUACAAUUAUAGCCAACAAUUAAGAUGUUUUUGCAACGCGUUCUAUGCUUAAUGCUGCUCGCACUGCACUCGGCGGCAGCUGUGCCACAUCAAACGUUGCAGGAUGCUCGCGAGGAGCGACAGCAGCUGAUACAACGCUACAUCAAGACGCUCAACAAGGAGGAGGGAGCCAUUCGUCUCGUUGGCGGCGAUGCAGAGUACGAAGGCAACAUCGAAGUGCUGCACAACAACAAAUGGGGCGCCGUUUGCGAUGAUGAAUGGGACGCCACGGAGGGCGAAAUUGUUUGCCGUCAACUGGGUUUCCUUGGACUGCGUCGCUACACGCACAGCGGCUACUUUGGCCCCGCUCGACGGCGCUACUGGAUGGACAAUCUCUUCUGUGAGGGCCACGAACAGGAGCUGACCCAGUGCCACUUUGAGGGCUGGGGCAUCAACGACUGCGAGCCCAGCGAGGCAGCUGGCGUCAUGUGCUAUGCCCCUCGCAACGCAGUGCGAGCUGCGCCCCUUGCACUGCCAGACGAUCGCCCAUUGCUGAAGUAUCCCAUUCACCCACGAUCACGGCUUUAUGUGCGCCUGCGUGGCGGUCGCUCGCCCAACGAGGGACGCGUCGAGGUGCGCAUCGAUGGUCAGCAUUGGGGCAGCAUCUGUGCCGAUGGCUGGGGCAUGCUAGAAGCGAAUGUUGUCUGCCGGCAACUCGGCUUGGGCUAUGCCAGCGAAGCCUUUCAAACGGACUACUUUGGUGGCGCGAAUAUCUCGCGUCCCACGCUCAGUGGCAGCGAGUGCUAUGGCAAUGAGACGGAACUGGCCGAUUGCUUGCAUCACGAUCAUCUCCAAGGCAUCGUCAGCUGCCAUGGCAAUCGACAGCAUGUGGCUGCUGUGAUCUGUGAUUACCUCUCACCCGAUUUGGUUGUGGACUACUAUGAGAUCGAGCAAACGGCACAUCUCGAGGAUCGACCCAUGGUGCUGAUGCAGUGCGCCAUGGAGGAGAAUUGUGUGUCCAACGAAGCGUAUCAAAUACAACGCGAUGAUCCCCAUUGGCGCUAUCAGACAAGACGUCUUCUGAAAUUUACGGCAGCAGCGAUAAAUGCGGGCAACACGGACUUUCGGCCUUUUAAGGCGAAGAGUCAAUGGGAGUGGCAUAUGUGUCAUAUGCACUAUCACAGCAUGGAAGUGUUUGCCACCUUCGACAUAUACGAUCUACAGGGUCAGAAGGUUGCUCAGGGGCAUAAAGCAUCGUUCUGUCUGGAGGACAGUAGCUGCUUGCCGGGAGUGCCCAGAAAAUACAAUUGUGCCAACUUUGGAGAUCAAGGCAUCUCCGUUAACUGCUCAGAUGUUUAUCUCUACAAUCUGGACUGCCAGUGGGUGGACAUCACUGAGUUGCCACGCGGCUCCUAUGUUCUCAAGAUUGCCAUCAAUCCGGAGUUCAAGGUGGCCGAGAUGUCUUACGACAAUAACGCUGCCAUUUGUGAUCUUUUCUAUGCGGAAAAUUAUGCCCGCGUUGAUAACUGUCGUCUAACGAGACCUUAAAGCAAAGUUUGAGGCAAACUUUGAACCGUCGAAUCAGUGCCAAAUAUUAUGAAAACACCAAAGCGUUAAGCGUUAAGAUGUUUGUAUUUUUCUAUAGUACUACAUAUUACUCAAGUUUUUUUUUGUACCCAAAUAAAACUGCACAAUCCAAAUACUUCGACUAAAACGAUGAACUUG